AUGGUCUUCGUGACCAUCUAGCCAAUGGAAAGACCCAAUUAAAAUCCUUCGAAAAAAGAAAAAAAUGAAAUACGCGGUAGUGCUCUGAAUCUUUCUUUCUCCUCUGUUGAUUUCAAUAAUGGUUAGCGUUCAAAAUUGAAAUGAUAAAACAAAAGUAGCAACAAAAGUACUUCUGAGUUACCCAAAAAAGGCACUUUUGGGUUUUGUCUCUGCAGUUUCUCUUUCCUACAUUUUCUUUCCUCUUUCUUUUUUACCAAAACUUUCUUAAAUAUUCGAAACUUUCGAACCCAGAAGCCGUUUUGUGUAGAGAAGCUUAGAGGGACGAAAAGAAUGGUGGAUCCGAAUUGGGAGCUCAAGAAUUGUUGUAAUCGUGACCAGGUCACAUUUCUGGUGACAAUUGCUGUCUUCACUGUUGUUAUUCUCGCUCUCUGGAGGACAUUUCUGCUCACACCCUUUAAGCUAAUUACUGUAUUUUUGCAUGAAGCAAGUCAUGCAAUUGCGUGUAAACUCACAUGUGGAGAUGUGGAAGGGAUGGAGGUUCAUGCAAAUGAGGGUGGAGUGACACAAACACGUGGUGGCUUAUAUUGUUGUAUCCUACCCGCCGGAUAUCUUGGUUCAUCAUUUUGGGGAAUGGCUUUGGUGCUUGCAUCAACAAAUCUAAUCAGUGCAAGAGUAGCUGCUGGUUGUCUUGCUCUUGCAUUGUUUAUGGUGCUCUUUGUUGCAAAAAAUUGGACACUUCGAGGACUUUGUAUUGGAUUCAUCAUUUUCCUCGCUGUAAUUUGGAUUUUGCAAGAAAAAACAAGUGUCCAUAUUCUCCGCUAUGUCAUCCUCUUCAUUGGAGUAAUGAACAGCUUGUUUUCAGUUUAUGAUAUUUAUGACGAUCUAAUAUCUCGAAGAAACAACUCCAGUGAUGCUGAGAAGUUCGCAGAUGUUUGCCCCUGCCCUUGUAAUGGUGUUGGUUGGGGAGUCAUUUGGGGAAUAAUAUCAUUUACAUUUCUUUCUGGAGCUAUGUAUCUUGGACUUGUUAUCUUAUCAUAAGGUUUUGGUGAUCGAGUUUCCUUUCUUCUUGAAAUCGCACAAGCCAUUAUGCGUUUUGUCUUCCUUUUUCCUCUCAACUUUGGUGGGGUGGAUUUUCUCCAUAGUUCAAUAUAGAUCUUGUGAAAACUCGACAUCACCAGAUUCAUUUGAGAUUGAGAGAUGCCAUUGUUUAAGUAGUGUCAUGACUUUCAUUCUUUCAAACCCUUUUUCCCUUGGGGGGUUACAGGUUGAAAUUGUCUGAUGAUUAUAUUGUAUAUACAGAGAGCAAUGAUUCUUUUCUGAACUCAAUUAAGAUUCAUUAUUGGCUCC